AUGGCGAUAAGCGUUCCGGGCGGCGCAGAGGUGACAUACGCCGAGUUCGGCGAUGAGAUUGAGCGCGUCGCCGAAUUGCUUGCGGGCGCGGGAGUGCAGCCCGGCAGAGCGGUGUCCAUCGUAUUGCCGAACGGCCUGGAGUUCAUGGUCGUGUUCCUAGCGGUAGCGCGGGCGGGCGCAAUCGCCGCGCCGCUGAACUCCGCGUACACGACUGACGAGUUCACCUUCUACAUGGAAGACGCUGAAGCGCAGCUCGCUAUACUACCGCUUGGCGAACACGCGGCGCGCGAAGCCGCGGCGCAGCUAGGCGUUCCGACAAUCGAAGCAUCGCUGGACGAUUCUGGUCGUACUUCACUAUCAAAGGGCGGCGAUACUCUGACCGCACGGCGGGAUGCGCCUGCGCCGUCACCCGACGAUGUGGCGCUGUUCCUGCACACUUCUGGAACUACGAGCCGUCCUAAGGGAGUGCCGCUGACGCACGGCAACCUUGCGGCGUCUAUCAAGAAUAUCAGCGAUACAUACAGACUGACGCCCGACGAUAUUGCGAUGGUGGUGAUGCCACUGUUCCAUGUGCAUGGGCUCAUUGGGGUGUCGCUGUCAACGCUGAGCACUGGCGGCUCGCUGGUGGUGCCACCUCGGUUCAGCGCAAGCCGGUUCUGGGGCGAGCAGAAGGACAGCGGCGCGACAUGGUACUCAGCCGUGCCGACGAUUCACCAGAUUUUGCUGGCGCGCGCGGACGAAGACGGCGCGCCACACAGCAGUUUCAGGCUCAUCAGGUCUUGCUCAUCGGCGCUUGCGCCUGCGGUGUUCGAGCAAUUGGAGGCGCGGUUCGGCGCGCCGGUGCUGGAAGCAUACGGAAUGACAGAGGCGUCGCAUCAGAUGUCGUCGAACCUGCUGCCGCCGGGCGACCGGAUGCCGGGCACGGUGGGCAAGGGCACGGGCGUUGACAUUGGCAUCAUGGACGACGACGGCAAUCUUGUCAGCACAGGCGGACUCGCUGAGGUGGUCAUAAGGGGCGCGAAUGUUACCCAUGGCUACCACAAUAAUCCGGAUGCGAAUGCGGAGGCGUUCACGAAUGGCUGGUUCCGCACGGGCGACCAGGGCUUUCUCGAUGCAGACGGCACGCUCACGCUGACGGGCCGCCUCAAGGAGUUGAUAAAUCGCGGCGGUGAGAAGAUUUCGCCGCUGGAGGUUGACGCUGCGUUGCUGGGGCAUCCAGCGGUUGCUGAGGCGGUGUGCUUCGGCGUGCCUCACACAAUGUACGGAGAGGCGGUACAAGCUGCGGUGGUGGUGUCAGCCGAUACUGACGAGGAUGCGAUACGCGCCUAUUGCGGCGAGCACCUUGCAGGCUUCAAGGUGCCGGACCGCGUGUACAUAAUCGAUACGAUGCCACGCACUGCGACGGGCAAGAUACAGCGCCGACACAUCGCUGCAAUGUUCAGCGAGGCGCCGGCGCAGUAG